CCGUGUUUUCCAUAUUUAACAAUGGUAAUACGUCAGACUCCGUAUUUUCCAUUUUUUUUUACAUCUCAGGGCUGCGUAUAUUUUCUAUAGUUUACGUGACAUCAGACUUCGUUCUGUCCACAUAUACGAGUCGACUCGCUGUUCGUUAUACUUUUCCCGUGACGUCAGAUACCAUGUUUUCGAGUCUGACGACGCAAGACUAGCACAUAAUUGACGAAAUUUCUUUGUUCAGCAAUGUUUAUAAAGUAGCGUGCAUAUAAUCCUCUACAGUAGAUCAGUUCAUGUGCAAAGCCAUAGCUGUGAAUUGGCGGAUUCCGUUUGCACGACCCUGCAAAGCCACAAUACCGAAAAUGAGUGCAGUCCGCGGAAGUAAACACAAUGCUGUGUUGUAUUCACAGCUAAAUGAUUUUCAACAACAUUUUGGCAAGAAACUUGCAUUUACUGCCGAAAUAAAGCAGGGAGAUAAAGUUCUAGACAUGGGAUGUGGAACAGGCGAAGUCACCGCUUCUGUUGCCGAGUUGGUCGGUAAACAAACUCAAGUGGUUGGCGUAGAUCCCGACAUAGAGAGAAUCAAAGUUGCCGUGCAACAGCAAUCUGGUAUUCACGAAAAUAUUACAUUUGUACAUGGAGAUAGUUCGAGUAAAUUUCCCCAUUUCAACGAACAAUAUUACGACGUGCACUUUAGCAACUUUGUCCUUCAAUGGUUAAAUGAUCGAGAAAAGGAAAAAUUCAUCGACAUCGCGUUUAAAACCUUAAAACCUGGAGGAAAGAUAGCCAUUGUAAGCUACGAAGAAGACCCGGUAAUUGUCAGGGAGGCUGGUAAGAUAGUUCUUGAAGAUAUCGACAAUACAAAAGAAAAGGUGCAACCUUAUCUUGUCAAGAAAUCGGUGAUCGAAACCCUUCUUAGAAGAGCAGGUUUUGGCAUACUUCACAGUAAGUAUUUUCAUAAUCCCUACACAUUUGCCACCGCAGAAGAUUUCCUAGCUCUUGUUUAUUGCUCAGAUUAUUUUGAUGACACAAAAAUAUCUCAAAGCAGGAAAAACGAUUGGGUAAAGACGUUUGUUAACAAAGAUGGAACGGUCACUGUUCUCGAUCCAACAAUUUACCAGAUCAUUGGAAAAAAGCUGGACUGACAUCAGCAGUCAAACAGACAGCAGUCAAACUGUGCAUGGCAAUAGUCAUGUUUCAAACAAUUGAAUUCUGGUUUUAUAUUUGUGAGCGGAUUUUAGAGUAGUGUCCAAUGACUCCAAUUUAUUCAAGCAUUUGUCAUAAGACUGUUUGUCUGAUUUAAUAAAUAAUGUAGUUAAUUUUUUCUGUGACAAAAUACGAAACACAAAGACAAUUAGUCAAGAACUAUGGA